AUGUCAACCGUGGGGGUAAAUUUGGCUGUUACUAAAGACGGUGAGAGCUACAACAAACUACAGCGGCCCGAUGGUUACCUUAUGUCGACGCAGCCGCCCUCCAUAUCCUCCUCGACAGCGUCCCCGACUGCAUACGGCAGCAAAAGAAAGUGCGCGCAAGAAGAGGCCGUCGGUGUUAAGCGCGCGAGGAUCGCGCGCAUCACAGCGCACCCAAAAAACCGGCCGCGCGCUGUAGAUUCGUACCAAGAGUAUGGGACACGGACGGUGCUACCAGGACUCGACGGUGAAGAGCAGUCAUCCGACGAGACCACAAGCGAAGCGUUGGCCUACCUUCACGGUGUCCGGUCUGAAGCAUCGGCGAUUCCCACUCUACUCGUAGCCCCAAACAAUGUCAACGCUGGCAAACUCGACUCAGACCAUGACGAAUCUCAAUACAGAAGCCCGAUGGAUACUCAACGCGUCAUAUACAGGGAAGGAACCUGGAUUGCCGUGGAUUGGGAGUACAACGCUACCAAGUGGGAAACAGACUCGUUCGCCCUUGAUCCACAGGAAGCUUGCACCAAUGCUCUCCUCCAGCGCUUUCGAAACCUUCGCAAGAAACUCGCCGAAAUGCGAAGGUAUGGACGACUACCAGACACAGCAGCGAGCCGCGCAAAAGUAGAGAAGUUUGGAAAGCAGAAAUGGUCGGAAACCAUAGAGAAGGACUUACCGAUUCUCCAAGAAAUCAUGCACAUUGACGAGUCGACGCUGUAUAUGGCUCUACAAGGCUGCACGUUAGCAUUGGGUCGAUCAGCUAAGAUAUCCCGGGAGAAGAGCAGCUGGAUAUGGACCUUGUUGGCCCUAGUUGGAGAUUUCGGUACUUUGGAUCAUGAGCGUGUGAGCAGAAUUCGAGACUUGGGGCUCAGCGCAGGCCGGCUAGUGGGCCGACUCUACGCAGACAACAGAACAUUGACGUGUGAUGCACAAGAAGGCGAGUGCACUAGUCCCGAGGUCCCAGAGACCGAUCCCAGAGAACAGACACAUGGAGCUCACGACACGAGACAUCUCGCGCCGAAAGUCACACAAACUCUGCGCGAUGUUUCGGAUGAGAAAGACAACGGAUUAGACACGACGUCCUUCAGAAAUGACAAUGCCGUACUCAGCCAAAACACAGUCAUUGAAGAGACGGAUGAUUCUGACGCAGAGAUGAUCAUGUCUGAGGAUGAAGUUGAAUCAGAAAGCAUUCCGGAAGAUGGAGGUCUUGAGGAAGCUCGAGCGCGUCUUCUUGCGCAACUCGGAGACCGCUUGGUACAUUCACAAGUGCCUCUGCCUCAUACGCCCCCAAUGCAAGUCCAUCAUCACCUUUCAAGGGUCGAGGCUGAGAGGCAGCGACAAGAAAUACGCCGAGGAGAGCUGCAGCAAACUGCGAGUGCCACCAAAUUGGCGCCAGUUUCCGAGCCGACGCAGGCCAAACCGCAGUCCAUUACCCCAUUGUCCGAGAGUGACUGGAACACGAAGGCAGCCAUCGACAUGAUUCUGACAGUUGUAGCCGAGUGCUAUGGACAAAGAGAUCUGCUGAAAUUUCGACUGCUCUGGUAG